CCCAGCGUCACCAGUGUUAUGUAAACCACUCACCUGCCUGCAGAGCUUUGUCACUCGAGGCACAACCCACUGAAGACAGCCAAGAUGAAAGUCACGGACAUGACAUUCAAGGAGGGGGAUGAGUUUAAGAUCCGCAUCAAGCCCAAGGACGACUGCGACUCCUUUUCCAUCAACAUCGGUCAUGAUUCUGAUAACAUCGCGAUGCACUUCAACCCCCGCUUCAGCCUCAACGCCAUUGUGUUCAACUCCUUGUCCGGGGGGUGCUGGGGUGACGAGCACCACGAGGGAAACUUCCCCUUCGUUCGUGGGGAGGAAUGCAAGUUUCACAUCAACUUCAGCAAUGGGCAGUUUUACAUCAAGCUUCCUGAUGGCUCCAUGUUGAACUUCCCCAACCGACUAGGAGACGUCAAGUACAAGUACUUUGAUGUCAGCGGUGACGCAAGGAUCGUCGGCAUAAAGAUCAAGUAGAGAUUGAACUCUUCUUAACCCUUUGACUCUUGACAUGUCCACCUUUUGUUUGUUGCUGAAAUAAUCUGUUUUACAUUACUGAGUCUAGGCCUGGUUAUUCAUCUUUUCUUCUCCUGAGGCUUAUGGAAAAAUAAUCCUAGAAACUUUUACCAACAUGGAGUACUGAUGUUGUAAUAAGAGGAAAUGGCCAAAAGAGGGGGUCAGAGCACAUCUUGCCGCACUGUUUCUGCUUGACAUCUCAUCAGUCACUGGGUUUGCUAAUAAAUGCUGUGAAAAAAAAAGAA